AUGGCUGCUUUACGCUACUUGCUUGCUCCACGGCGAGCUCUUGUCACUCCUUUUCUCAGGUCGGUGACUUGUGUGAGUAGCGGUGGUAUUUUCAGUAGUCAACGACCUCACACAUUCCCUGUUUUGUGGCAUGCCGUUCGAACCCAUAGCAACGACAGUGGGGAACGUAGCAAGCCGCUAACGCUUCAUGUGCAAUUGCCCUGCGGUACUAUGCGGACACUGACAGCAUAUGAAGGACAGACACUGUUGGAUGUUGCGAUGGAACAUGGACUCCCGAUUGAGGGAGCGUGCGGUGGCUCUUGCGCCUGCUCCACGUGUCACGUGUACCUAGAGAAUGACGAGGCUAUGGAGUUGUUUGAUGAAGCUACCGAUGAAGAGAAUGAUAUGCUUGACAUGGCUUUUUUCCCUCAGUCGACGUCGCGAUUGGGUUGUCAACUAACUUUGCGGCAACAGAAACACGACGGAUUGAAGAUUUCACUUCCUAAGGCGACAAGGAAUAUGUAUGUGGACGGCCACACCAUAACCCCUCAUCACUGA